AUGUAUCACAUGCACCACCAGUCCAGCAGUCAGAGGUUUACGCCGACAGGCUUUGUGGCGGCGGUGUCGUCAACUUCAAAAAUAAUCGCCGGCGGCGGCGAUGCCGGCGCGUCUGGAGACGCCGGCUCUACUGCCCAUAAGAUAUCCAAACAAUAUUCAAGUCCCAAAGCAACCACAACAGGUUCGUCGCCAUUAGAGAAACGUGUUUUACAACCUAAACAACAUAUAGCGCAGCAGCAGCAGCAGCAGCAGCAGCAGCAAAAGCAACACCAACCUCAACAACAACAGAAAAAAGUUGCCGAUAAUACAGAGAGUGCGAGUGCUCGGCCGCAAGCAAAUCCAGUUGCUGAUAUCAACAAGAACAAAAGCCAAGACAUAAAAGUAGUAACUCAGGAUGAACCAUCAACAACAACAAAAGAGUUAAAUUCUACAACAGCUCCGGCGGCAGCAGCAUCGACAACCAUCGUUGUGCCCCAAACAGACACAGCAUCGACAGAGGUUGUGAAUAACGGAAAGAAGGUCAACCAAAAGGCCAGUGAUUUCAGCAACGUCGGCGAUUGGCCUAUGCUAAUUGGUGGCAAACCCGCAAAUAACGAAUCGAAACGUUCAACGAAACACAAGCAGCGUCCUGCAAACGCAGUCAAUAAAGAAGAUAACUCAAGCUCUAUCGCAAGCGGAGCAGCAGCAACUCAGGGAAACGCUGAUCAAACAGGUGCACCAACCAGUGCUGCUACAGGCGAUAAACCGUCAACGAGCCAAGCGCAAAAUGAGUCGAGUAAGUCUGGUACACAAUCAGGGAAUGGUGAAGGUAGUGGAGCUACUGCCACACCAGCCAACACAAGCUCAGGAUCAAAUGGCAUUAAUAAGAAGAUUCCCAAGCACAAGUGGCGUCCCUUGCAAAUCGACCUUGCCAAAUCCAGCCGCCCGAAACCGAUUGGACGUCCCACUAGACGCUUACCAAACACUACGUCUCGCUAUCAACAGCAGCAACAUCACUAUUACAACCAAGAGCAGCACCCAAACGCUGGUGACCAGUAUAACGGCGGAACCGAAACAGAGCAGCGCAGUGAUUGGCGUCAACAUGCCGCACCCAGCGCCGGAAAUGAAGCGCCACGGGGCGGGGGCGGUGAACGUCCGACGCGGCCCACUUCCCGCCCUACUGAGCGCAUUGAUUCCUGGCGUAGCGGCAGCGGCACCGAGCGCAGUAGUGCCAUCGGUGGCGGCAGCGUCGCCGAACGCGAAUACGACCGCCCAGCGCGUACGCAACGGCGCUUCCGGACGUCCUACCGUGGCGGCCGGCAAGGGCGCGGUGGAUUCGCAAGACCGGGACCAGGUCGUGCGUCAAAUCGCAUACCACGCCAUCUGUUAGCCAGUGGCGAGUACGCAAGCUAUUUGCCGGCGGACGCAGCCGGUGUCGACCAGUCCUCGUUUGUGCUCAUGGGCACGCACUAUUAUGGCCCAGUGCCGGCGGCCUACAUCGAAAUGGACGCACAAACGGUCAAGGAGGCGAUCAAGAAACAAGUUGAAUACUACUUCAGCGAAGAGAAUUUAACUGGCGAUUUCUUUCUGCGUCGCAAAAUGGACCCAGAAGGUUGUAUUCCAGUUACAUUGAUUGCUUCUUUUCAUCGCGUCUUAGCUUUGACUACUGACGUGGCUUUGAUCAUUAACGCCAUCAAGGAGUCCGAGAAGCUGGAGUUUCUCGAAGGCUAUAAAGUACGCACAAAGACUAAUCCCACAAUGUGGCCCAUUCGUGAUGUGAUCGAGACUACAUUUAAUCCAGCCGCUCAGGUGGCUGCUUCAAAUGCAGCAACAAGCGCAGCGAAUAGUCAAACACCAGAGAGUGUAAAUAAUGAUAUACAAAAGAAUAACCAACAAGAAAGUCAAAAUAAUGCUGCCAAAUCUGGCACCGAUAAUCCGGUUUCAUCUGUACCCGCAAGCAAUAACACCGGCGGAGAUGCUGGCAGCGCCGCAGAAGAGGCUCAACCUACUGUAAUUGAUGACAAUAAGGAUGUGACAAGUUCAAUUGGGGCUGCCACAGCCACGCCUGUGACCAACGUGGAUGCGGCGUAUGCCAGCGAAGUGCUCUUCCCGCCGAUACUUACCUCAGCUAUGGCCACAAAGCCUUUGACUAGCAUCCCGCCGCCACCAGUUCCACGCAACUCGCAAAAUCUAGUCUCUUCGCUGUUGCUGCAGCAGGUGAAGCAAGUGCCGUCGCCCACUGUGAAUGCGGAGAACGCGAUAAGUGCGCUCACCCAGAAAGUGGCCGAGGUGGAAAGUGGCAGCGGUGCUGUGGCUCAAUUGGCGGACCACUUGAGUGGUUUGGCUGAAAGCGUGAAGAUGCCGACAGUGACGUCGACCCCACAGAAAGUGCAAAGGAGUGGCAAGAACAAUGACCAACAAGGUAGUACGAAAGGUAGUAACGGCGGCAACAACAUUGUUAACGCUGUUGGAAACGCGGCGGGGGCCGAUGACGCAACGGCCGAUGCCACUGAGGGCAUGUGGAAAGAGGUAAAGAGACGCUCAAAAUCAAAUGCUUUAAAAGAUACUAAAUCUUCCAAUCAACAACACUCAACACAAACGCUCACAACACAACAACAUACACAAACCAUUAAAACCGUCACCACAAAUGCUACCUCUGCAACUAAAUCAUCGACCACCACAAACAACAACAAAAAUCUGAACAAAAUUGAUACAAAAUUGAACACGGCAAAAACACCAUUGAUCACAUCGAAUGCCUCCGCCACAUCGAACGCCACCAAUCUAAAUAACACCUCCAACACCACGAACGCCACAUCCACCACCAUCAUCAACAACAACAACAAAAUACCUUCUGCGUCAUCCACUCAAUCAGCAGCCGCACACGCUUCAGCUACAGCAGCAGCAACAGUUGGCCUCUCGACAAAUACAACCGAAAAAGAAGAACUAGACUUUCAAUUUGACGAAGAGCUUAUGGAUCCCAUACCAGCGACUGGACGUAUAAAUAAUUUCACCGAAAAUUUCUCUGACGACGACGAGUCCGACUAUGAAUUUGCUGAUCGCGAUAUCAAUAAACUGUUGAUUGUGUCGCAAGUACAACGAGCGCCCAAACAUGAAGGUUACGAUCGCACCGCUGACUUCACUUCACGUACGAAAAUAACUCAAGACCUCGAGAAUGUGAUAAACGAUGGUUUAGCCAAUUACGAAGAAGAUCUCUGGACCACAUCGAAUGUGGGCACGAACUAUCGCACAGUAAAUGUAAUAUCGCAGGAAGAUUUCGAGAAGCUGGGUGGCGGCGGAGCCAGCGGACGUGUUCAACGUAUUUAUGCACAACAGGCACCGCCACCACCACCACCCGCUUACGAAGACGAGGAUGCCACGCUAAAUAAUACCCUCAAUUCCACGCUCAAUUCAACAUUGAAGUCGCGACGUGCUCGCUUCUAUGCGGCACCAAGCUCACAUUCGAUCGACCCACGUACACCACGCAAGCGCAAGACCCGCCACUCGUCCAAUCCUCCCGUGGAGGCGCACGUCGGUUGGCUGCUAGACUCUGUAGAACACCGACCACGCACCACAUCGAUGGGCUCCUCGGCGGGCACUUCGCCGACUACCUCAUCCUAUGGUUCUUCCGUGCCACAGUCAUUGCCCGUCUUUCAACAUCCCUCACAUUCGCUGCUUAAAGAGAACAAUUUCACACAGCAAGCCUAUCACAAAUAUCAUUCACGCUGCUUAAAGGAGCGACGUCGACUAGGCUAUGGUCAAUCGCAGGAGAUGAACACUUUAUAUCGUUUCUGGUCAUUCUUUUUGCGUGAAAACUUCAACAAGACAAUGUACAAUGAGUUCCGAGCUUUGGCGCUGGAAGAUGCCAGCAACGGUUUCCGCUAUGGAUUAGAGUGUCUUUUCCGCUUCUUUUCAUACGGUUUAGAGAAAAAAUUCCGGCCAAAUGUAUAUGAGGAUUUCCAGGACGAGACGAUUGCUGACUUUGAAAUCGGUCAACUCUAUGGUCUUGAGAAAUUCUGGGCUUUCCUCAAAUACUACAAGAACGCUGAUAAACUGACUGUGAAGCCAAAAUUGGCUGAAUACCUGAAAAAAUUCAAAACUAUAGAAGAUUUCCGAGUUGUCGAGCCGGAAAUCAAUGAAAUGUUGCAAGGUGUGGGAAGUCUCAGUCGCGGUCGUAACUUAAAUCGGCUGCGCAGUGUCUCCGAGAGCGACGGCACUGCGGUAGUCGCUGCAGGUGGUCGAAAGCCCAACACUACAAUUAGCAAUCGCAGCGAUUACGUGGGUAAUCGACCGCAAUACCAGCAGCAACAACAACAGCACCACCAACAGCAGCACAACAAUCAACAGUCAGGCAACUAUGCCAAUUUCAGCAGCAAUAGGCGACGUACCGGUUCCUUUGGUAGCGGCACUGUGCGCGUACGUAGCGGUUCGUUGGGUAAUAAACCACAAGUGGUAUCGCGCAACAACAACUAUCAUUAUCACUACGGUAGUUCGCCGCAUGAAUUACGUCGUGGGGGUAGCAACUCCGGCCUGGCACCGCACAAACAGCAAAACCGUCAACAACAUCAACAGCAAAAGUCUAGACAACAAGUACAAAAUAAGGAUUCCAAUAAUGCGCCGGGCGCAUCGAAUGUUGCCGGGCCAAGUACAUUAACAGCGGCAAAAAAUGAACAUCAACAUCAAAAUUAUGCGGCGGCAGCAAAGCCAAAUAAACCAGUAAUCAACAGCAAUAAUACAGCGCCGAAAGUCACAGCCACAGCGUCGGAAGCGACUACAACGUCAGCGGAUAAAUAAUUGUUUAUUUUCACGAUUCUUUUUUAGGUUUGAAUACAAAAAAACUUAUUUGCUAUUGUUAGUUUAUUUAAUCUUAUCCUUCUUGCAUAACGUAUGUAUUUUCUUAUAGAUUUUGAGUAUUUUCAUAGCUGCAUGUCGGCUCAUUUUAGUGGUGUUCGAAUUAGCGAGCUUCGAGCGCGCACAAUAAACAAAAUACACACAAAAUAAUACUGUAUUUACAUAAGGAAAUUAAGCUAUAAAUGCAUUCAGUUGAGCUGAACGCCAUUGAACGUUGAAUGAAAAAGUUCAAAUAUUAAAAAAAAAAAACUAAUUAAAAAGUUAUAGAUUCUAUAAGACAGACACGAAUUAAUUGGCUUUGCUCUCUAGCUUUCAAUACACAAUUAUAAGCAGGACCAAUUUUCGCCACGACAUGUAUGGGAAUCAACUCGAGCGCUAGUUAGCGCCACAUGGCCGAGUUAUACAUCAAAUCCAAGACACUAAAUUAUGAAAAUGCUCAAAACCCGCUACAUCAUAUAGCUUAUACAAAUAUUGUCGUGCAUGUUACUAUUAAAUG